GAGCACCCUGAACUGAACUAUGCAAUCCACCAAAAUGGUUAAAGUAAUGUUUGUAGUUGCUUUGAUUGCGAUCGCCUUCUGUUCAGCGUCCUCCCUGAACUUGGAAUCGGUGGCGACAGUUGACCACAGAAACGCUUCACUUCACGACACUUGGACCGGUGGCUCCGGAGUUUGCACAAAUGUAGACAGAAGAGAUUUGGUCUACUAUAAUCACGCCAAUCUCCUAGCGAUCUCGUUGGGUAGUACGAUCACAAGCACGUAUUCAUGGUCCGGAUCGAGAACUAUUUACUGUAUUGAAGUGGUGACCAAUUUCGGUACAACUGCUCAAAUAUCGUCGGGGGGUGUCGGUUUCGACUCGACUUCCCUCAGCAUCCAAUCAGAAGCUGGAAGAGACCUUGAAGCCAUAAUUUACAUUUAUGGCGACUAAAUACGAAACCAGUUUUGUACAUUUCGUUUGUCAUUUGUUUUUUGUUUUACUGAAUAAAUAAGUAAUCUUAUGUUUUUUUUUGUAAAUCAAAUUACACAAAAUCCUAAUAAAC